CAAUUUCACUUCAUUGUUCAAUUGAUCCCUGCCAUUACUGGGGAAAAGGCGAACUACAUUUGUGUGAAUAGGAAAAGAACAUUAUUUUAGCACCAAAAUUCGCCGAAUUUGAUUCGCCGGGACGAGACUGUCGGGAAACGGUGAAGAUUUCCGAAAGGGAGCGUUCGGAAGCAUGUCUCGAGAGGUCAGCAAUGGCAUAUCUUCAACGGAGCAUACCAAAUUACUUACAAUAACAGCUGAAAAUGACAGCGCUACAGGUAGUCUCUACUGCCUACGAAAACAACUAGUUGUGGGAGCUGUAACGACUGCGGCGGUUUUGCUUCUAUGUACUUCCCCUUCAAGUCCACUAUCAUUCUUGGAAUGGUCACAGCGAAACAAAAUUGAAUCAAGUAAGCCAGUCCGCUUUCCUGAAACUUUUAUUUGGGGGGUUGCAACCAGCAGCUACCAAAUAGAAGGUGCCAUAGACGAAGGUGGCCGCGGCAAAACCAUUUGGGAUAAUUUUUGUCACCAAGGUAUCCAUAUCUCGGACAACUCUACUGGGGAUGUUGCUUGCGACCAUUACCAUCGUAUGAAGGAAGAUGUUGCAAUGAUGAAGCAACUUAAUAUAGAAGCCUAUCGGUUUUCGAUUGCGUGGUCUCGAAUACUGCCCAAUGGAACAGGGGGAGUAAAUCAAGCUGGAGUCGAUUUCUACAACGAUUUAAUUGAUACUCUGGUUGGCCAUGGAAUAGAGCCUUGGGUAACACUGUACCAUUGGGAUUUACCAGAGGCGUUGCAAGUCAAGUACGGCGGAUGGCUAGAUCCAAGAAUUGUGGAUGUGUUUGCUGAGUAUGCACAAGUGUGUUUUCUUGCCUUUGGAGACCGCGUGAAAAACUGGAUUACCAUCAAUGAGGCGUGGACAGUUUCUGUUAAUGGUUUUUCGACUGGAAUACACGCCCCGGGGCAUCUUUCUUCGACUGAACCGUAUCAAGUUGGUCAUCAUCUUCUGUUGGCUCACUCAAAAGCAGCAAGCAUAUACAAAUCCUUUUUUCAACUCCGCCAGAAAGGGAGGAUCGGGAUUGCCAAUUGCGGUGACUUCCGAUAUCCUCGAACGGAUAGACCAGAGGACCGUGAAGCUGCAGAGCGCGCUAUGUUAUUUCAAUUCGGUUGGUUCACUGAUCCACUUUUGCUUGGUGACUAUCCACCAAUCAUGCGACAGCUACUUGGGGACAGAUUGCCAAGCUUCACUGAGGAUAAUCGAGCCGAACUGGUAAAUUCAACCGACUUUAUUGGGCUGAACUACUACUCGUCAUUUCUUGCUUCAAAGCCCGCUUUUAAAACUGCAGACAAUUCGUACUGGGCUGACAUGUAUGUAGACUUCUCUGGGGAUGCAAAGUGGACAACAAAUGACAUGGGUUGGUAUGUGGUACCAGAUGGUCUCCGAGAAAUGCUUCUCUGGAUCUCAAAGCGGUACAGGAAUCCACUGCUUUUCAUAACAGAGAAUGGUACUGCGGAAAAGGAUGAUAAUUUGGAACUUGUUAAACAAGACGAGAGACGCAGGGUUUUUUUCGAGUCGCACUUGAGAGCCUGUUACGAUGCUAUUGUUCAGGGUGUUAGCCUUGGCGGGUACUUUGCGUGGAGCUUGAUGGACAACUUUGAAUGGCAAUUUGGAUACACUCGUCGGUUUGGGCUAUGCUCCGUUAACUUUCAAACCAUGGAGAGGACACCGAAAAUGUCUGGCCAAUGGUACGGUGCCACAGCUCUAGCCAAUGGGGCAAACAUUGAUAUUGAGAAUGGAGGCAACAAAAACUGGCAGCACAGGAGACUCUUGCCAGCUUCCAAGUACGGCAGACGGGUCGAAAUACCUAAAAGGGUUUUAAUUGGCUACGGAUCCAACAUGGAUAUGGUUAAGGAGGCUGUCUAUAAUGGUGUGAACAUUGUCGUUUGGUCGUUUAUUUCGAUAAUUCCCAACCGUGGAGGAGCAUUGCAGAAGGCUCGAGCGAGGAAUUUCAAUGUUGUUGGCAGUGUGAGCAAUGCUGGAGCGGUUCUGGUGACAAAGCUGAACCUCACAGCUCUUACGUUGCUGAUCGAAGAUCUAUCACAAAAUGGUUUUGGUGACGUCGUCCAUUUGGCAAGUAUAGGAGGUUGGAACGGUGGUCACUUAUCUCCGCUCGUUUCAGCAAGGGAGUGGUGGAUCACUUUCAGUGAAGCUGCUGGCUUUAUUUUUGAUGGAAUCGACUGGGAUCUGGAAGGAGACGAUUUCCUAUCCAGUCCAAGUAACGUGUUCGCAAUCGACUGCUUGGACAAGAUGGGGCACAUCAGUCAGCUCGCAAGUGAAGAGAACUACAUAGUUACAAUGGCACCGCCUCAAUCCUACUUGGAUGUGGAUGGAAACGGACGGUUCAGUCGAUACCUGAAUCUGACUGAUCCGACAAGAAGCUGGCACAACGAAUUUUCUCACUUUGGUGCCAAUGCAUACGCAUAUCUCCUGGCUAGAUUUGGAGACUCCAUUGAUUUAAUUUCUGUUCAGUUUUACGAGAGCUAUUCGAGAAUUGCCAUGGCUACGUUCAAUUCAGGCACAUCUCCAGCUAUUUCUAUAGCGCAAUACGUCACACAGCUGCUUGAAAUGGAUUCGAAAUAUUUGGUGAAAUUUUCCUCAGAUCCAAAUCUCGUCAUAACCAAUCAGCUGGUCUCAAUUCCACUUUCAAAGUUGGUGCUGGGUUUUGCGAACGGAUGGGCUCUCGAGGAGGCAAAUCUGCAAAAGGUUUUCUUUGCCCCUAUUGACCACGUGCAAUGGGCUUGGUCGACGCUUUUGACGAAAAACUGUACUCCAAGAGGAUUUAUGUUUUGGACAAUUGAUGAGGAGGGUAAAAAUGGAAUCAAACUAGCUGCUGGCUUGCGGAGAGUCUUGGACAUUAAGCCAUGAGUUCGGAUCUUCACAUACGUAGGGCAUCGCUGCUGUGAGUUAGGUCUUUUACUGUUAGACGGUGUGAGUUUUCUGCAGGUAUCUACAGUUAGCUUGUUUCAUUUUAAGAACUUUUUGUAAGC